UGCUUUCAUUGCAAUCACAGGAUGAACAUGAUGGCUAAUAUCCCUAUCAAAUGCGCCAAUUAUGCAAAAUCGCAUGCUGUACACUUUAAUAAAGAAGUUCGACAAGAGCUGUAUAAAGAAAACCCAAGUGAGAGAGAGAGAGAUUCCUCAACAUUAAAGCAAACCCUUUCAUUAUAUUUUUUGGCAAAGAGACAGGGCCACUACUUUCUGCAACCAGAAGCCUUCUUCAUCACUUCAAUCUUACUAUAUUAUGCAAUAUAAAGCCAGUACCAUUACCACCAAGUUCCCAGAGAAAAUGGCUGCAACAGCUCCGGUUGCAAUAGGCACGCGGGGUACAGUAGGAUCACUUGUGAGGAAAGAAAUUGAGUAUUUCUCCAAGUUUGAGAUAGACCGAUGUGCAAGUUCAAGGAAACCUCAAGAGCAGGUGGCUGACAUAGCUUCCAGUAAUGGUCAGUCAAGGCCUAGUUUCUGGUCCUUGACGAUGAGCUGGAAAAGGAAAAAGCGGAGAGGCAGCAGCGGAUUCCUUCCAAGUAUCUGUUCUGCUGUGGAAGUUGCUGACAGCAAUAGGCUCAGUAGGAUUCCUGGGUUCAGUUAUAGAAUCCUGAAGGAUGAUUCGAAGGAUAUGCAGGUUUAGACAAUCUUUUAAAGAGCUGCCACGCUUUCUAGCCUCUCUAAGCCGGUAUGUGAAGCCACUGGACCAUGCUUUUUCUGAUCCUAUAACAUUAGGUCCACAACUUCAAGUGUACUAGAUUCUCUAUAGUCAAAAUUACCUAUCUAUCAGACAUACGUUUAAGGGAAUAUGUCAGACUCGGAGAGGAGCACGGGAUCACGUUGGUAGAUUUCCUGCCAUGUGUUGCUGAUUAGAAUUACUAUUUUCUACGCUUUCUCACCUGCUUGCUUCAUCCAGACAUUACCAUCAUGCAGUAGAGCAUUUCAUAGAUGAUAAUUGGAGCUGCGUAAUGGCAUCCACAGGUUUGAGUUUAUAAGAAUUUGGUGCAUUACAUAUUGUGUGUACCAGAUAAGGAGGUUAACAACAGUCAUUCCUGCUAUUUUCAAACCCCAUCUCAUAAUUUGUAUAGUUCCCUGGAUCAUACCAGACUUUAAUUUUCAAUUAAAAUGUCGUGAAGCACUACAUGUGGAAAGCUUGCUCAAAAAUUGCAGUGUAAGGAGUACUGUUAAAUUAAUUAAAAAAAUAUCUAUGUAAAGUAAAGUUUUA